AUUCGUUAACACUCAGUAGUUAAUAGUCAGUACUUAAUAUUUAACAAUAGAAUAUAGACUAUCGGUCUUCAGUCUUCACUCUAGUCCCGACUUGGAAUUUAUAGUCGUUCCUAAUAAUGUAAUUUAUAUAUAGGAAUUACAUACAAAGAUUGACAGUUACUUGUUAGUACUUAAUACCGAUUAUAGCUGCUUUAGAAGAGCAUAUCAAUACCGUUCUAAUAAAAACGAAGUCUAGGUUGGAUUGCUUUAGUAAAAAAAAUAAGAACAAAGUGAUAAGUUUUACAUCGUUCUUAAUUAAGAACUGAAAAUAUCAAAUUUGUGAAAAUUUGCCAGCAACAACGAAAAUAAAAUAACAUGGAUUUAGGUCUAGAAAACAAAAAAAUACUUGAAUUUUUGGAGUUAGUCGGGCGCCUUAAGCAUAUCAAAAGGACAGGAUGGGUGAUAUGUGAUAUAGAAAACUGUGAGACCAUAGCUGGUCAUAUGUACCGCAUGGGCCUCAUGACCUUCCUACUGACAGAAAAAAAUAAUCCAACUAAACUUGAUCGAUUCAAAUGUUUACAAAUUGCAUUAAUACAUGACUUAGCAGAAUGUAUUGUGGGCGAUUUAACUCCGCACUGUGGUGUAACACCAGAAGAGAAACAUAGACGAGAGGAUGAGGCGAUGAAGACAAUUGCUGAACUCACCGGUUUGGCUGGAGACAGAAUGUAUGAAAUAUAUAAAGAGUAUGAAAACCAAAGUUCACCAGAAGCAAAGUUCGCCAAAGAUCUGGAUCGUUAUGACAUGAUUUUGCAAGCAUUUGAAUAUGAAAAACGUGAAAAUAAACCAAAAAAGCUUGAAGAAUUCUUUCAGUCAACUUAUGGAACAUUCAAUCAUCCUUUUAUACAAGGUUUAGCAAAAGAAUUGUAUAAACAAAGAGAUGAAUUCGAAAAACAAUCUAACAAUAUAGGUUGAUAUUGCUUAGUGUAGUACAAUUUUAUGCAUUAAGAAUGCUUUGUACAAAAAUUUUAAAAUAUCUUACCUAGCUUUUUUAAUUUGGUGCAGUUAGAAAAAAAAUUGCUAUUUUUAUUUUGAUUAUAUUGAUUUUAACAGGUUAAGAACUCUGGUGAGGCAAUAUUGUUAAAAAUUUAUUAAUACCAUAAACAACCAGUAUUUGAUACUAAAGAAUCAUUGAUGUUUUUUAUUUUUUUAUGUUCCUUUAAAUUUUAAUAAACUGUUUUGUAUUUACAAUA